AACACACUAGAAUGGUAGUUAUUGCGUGCUAGAUAUCUUUUAAAUAUUUUUAUGAAAAGUGGUGUUUCAGCAAACGGCGCUUCAAACGCAACGCAAACGUUGCAGCAUCAAAAUGCACUUCUAUUUGUUGUGCCUUUACGGAAUUGCAUUUAAAUAUGCCGUUAUUAUCACUGCAGUGGAAGCGUCCAAUUACGAAUUCAUCUUGGAUCAGUUGAUAGCUGUGAAGGAGGACGAUGAUGUGGGCAAAAUUAAUGUGGAAUUCAUUCAAAGUGAGGACGGCGUGAAGAUCAGCGGCAUUGCCGAGCAGCUGGUGGCUCUGGAUAAUGCGUGGAAGAUAAAAAUUUUGCUAAAGCGUGCCGAGGACGCUGAGAAGGAUUAUAAUACACUAAUGCCAUUGCCUGCCAUGCGAGUUUGUGAUUUCAUGUUGUUCUUCUAUCGCAUGUAUAUUUACGAGUCAUUGGUUAAAUACUCGAAUGCACCAUCACCAUAUGUUUGUCCGGUUGUUAAGAACACCUAUGUGAUAAAAGAGUAUCCUAUAGUGUCGGACAAGUUCAAGCAAUAUCUACAUCCCGGUUACUACCAAGUCGAAGUGAGUUUGUGGCAUAAAGAUGUGGAGAAACUGAACUACAUUAUCGAAGGUCAUGUCGAGGAGGAGUAGUCGGGGGGGAGUGCAAUAUUUUUUAAUAAAUUAUUCUACAAAAUUAACAAAUUAAUAUUCAAAUUUUCGGAGCAUAUUGUCAACUUUUAAAAAAUUCGAUAUUUGAUCAAUUUAAUACCGUUCUUUGUUGAUUACCGAUGUCAAUUACCAUUCCAAAGAUUCCUCUAAUGAAUGUAUUUUUUGCUAUCAAAUUGGCAUUUAAUUGUUAAUCAGUACUUCAAUUUUCUACUAUCAAUAUAAUGAAGUAUGUGGCUUGAUAAUAUAUACAGAUAUCUACGAAGGGAAUAAAUUUACUCAUAACGUCGAAUCA